AGGCCAUGGAAAUCCUCGCGACCUCCACUUCUUCUCUAUCCACUCUCCGCCCGCGCUUCGUUCCCUCCGGCGCCGCCAGACCCCGCGCUAUCCCUACCGCCGCCAUUGUUGCUCUCAAGCUCGCUCCUCCUCAGCCUCGGUCCGCGAUGAGCCUUGGAGCUCGGAUAGCGUGCGCGAGCUUCUUAAGCAAGGGCGCCGGCGGUCGCGGUCGCGGUCGCGAGUUUUGGAGGACGCAGGUGUGGAGGCUCGACGGGCGCCUGUCGUUGGACGGGCUCAAGCGGCGCGUCUCCCGGGCGUUCCUGAAGCUGCUCGUCGGCGCGAUGCUGGUCGUGUCGUUCUCUUUAGCCGUUAGCAAUACUCCUUCGUGGGCUCUCAGUGAAGAGAAUUUGCUCUUCUUAGAGGCGUGGAGGACUCUCGACCGCGCCUACAUUGACAAGAAUUUCAAUGGACAGAGUUGGUUUAGGUAUAGAGAGAAUGCACUGCGCAACGAGCCGAUGAAUACGAGGGAAGAGACAUAUACUGCAAUAAGGAAGAUGAUUGCCACACUGGAUGAUCCUUUUACCCGUUUCCUGGAACCUGAAAAGUUCAGGAGUUUGAGAUCUGGAACUCAAGGUGCUCUAACGGGUGUAGGACUCUCAAUUGGGUAUCCAGCUCGAAUUGAUAAUUCACCUGCUGGGCUGGUAGUAAUUUCUGCAGCUCCAGGAGGUCCUGCAAAGAGAGCUGGCAUUUUAUCCGGAGAUGUUCUACUUGCGAUUGAUAAUUCAAGUACAGAAACUAUGGGAAUAUAUGAUGCUGCAGAGAAAUUGCAGGGUCCUGAAGGAAGUACAGUGGAAUUAACUCUUCAAAGUGGAAAUGAAAUAAAGCAUCUAGCCCUCACGAGAGAGAAGGUAUCACUAAACCCAGUUAAAUCAAGGCUUUGUGAGGUACCUGGCUCUGGAAAAGAUUCUCCACGAAUUGGGUAUAUCAAGCUAACGUCAUUUACCCAAAAUGCUUCUGCUGCUGUAAAAGAAGCUAUUGAGACACUAAGGAGCAAUGAUGUCAAUGCCUUCAUAUUGGACCUUCGAGAUAAUAGCGGUGGCCUUUUUCCUGAGGGUGUUGAAAUUGCUAAACUCUGGCUGGAUAAAGGGGUCAUUGUUUAUAUUUGUGAUAGUCGUGGCGUUCGAGAUAUAUAUGACACAGAUGGAGGCAAAGCUAUGGCAGCAUCAGAACCCCUGGCUGUUCUGGUGAACAAGGGCACAGCAAGCGCAAGCGAAAUAUUAGCAGGAGCAUUGAAAGACAACAAACGAGCAGUGCUAUUUGGGGAACCCACAUUUGGCAAAGGCAAAAUCCAGUCAGUCUUCCAGCUAUCUGACGGCUCUGGGCUAGCAGUCACAGUUGCUCGUUAUGAGACUCCCGCGCACAAUGAUAUUGACAAGGUGGGUGUAAUUCCUGAUCAUCCUCUUCCCAAGCCAUUUCCCAAAGAUGAGGAGGCAUUUUGUGGCUGCCUCCAAGAUCCAGCAUCAAGUUGCUAUGUGAACAGAAACCUACUGUUUACAAGAUGACGGGUGCUUCCGAAGCUUAACAAAUCAAGCCAUCUCCAGGCUACAUUCUUUGAUUGGUUUAACAUUCUUUUAGAUGCUGCUGGGGGCAGUGCAGUCCUCAUCAAGUUACUUGUCAUUGACCGUUUUCUUUGCAAUGGAUCAAGGAGAAACAUGGUGCUCGUUAGACUAUAUUUGCGAAAUUACCGCAUCUCAUCAAUCCUUGAUGGUCUGAAGUGUUCUGGGAGGCUGGUAUCUUGGAUGAGCUGCCUUUGAUUUGACCGGUGAUGGCUUAUCGAAA